AAUCCUCGCCUCCGGAUCAACGGGCCGAUGAACAUCAACCACUAUGCCACCAAGAAGAGUGUGGCAGAGAGCAUGCUGGACGUGGCUCUGUUCAUGGCCAAUGUCACCCAGCUCAAAGCUGUGCUGGAGCAGGGGACGUCCUUCCAGUACUAUGCCACCCUCAUCGUCCUCAUCAGCAUCUCCCUCUUCUUCCAGGUGAUGAUUGGGAUUCUCCUUAUCAUCACUGCUCGUUUGAACCUGAAUGACAUUGCAAAGCAACCCCGCCUGAAUAUACUGAACAACACUGCCACAGCUCUCAUCUUCAUCACAGUCAUCCUCAACAUCUUCAUCACAGCUUUCGGGGUGCAGAAGACUGGCCUCUACCCUACCAGGAAUUUUGGACCUUAUUAA